UUGUAUGAAUCAGUGUUAGAGAUACAUAGUUCGACACUGGUCUCGGAGAGGGACUGCCUCAAACUUCCGGGAGCUCGAUCUCGGCAGUCUUCGACGUCGGAUCAUGCUCAGGUCGAAGUAGCGAAGUCCACCGCUAAUCUCUCAUCGAUCCUUCGCCAGUCCCAGAGAAGAAAUUCCAGCUGAUUCACAGGGCGGAUGAGAAGUUGGAUCUGUUGGAGAGGGUGCCCUGGUGGACGAGCUCGUGAAGAACACCACACUAAUCACUCGGCUCGUCGAGCCGCUCUCAGGCAAGGUCGGCCCGGAUAUGGACGGUUGAGUAGUAUGAAGAUGUGCGGCGCUCUAAUUGCUCUCGGUAUGUCGCUCUACAAAUUGGUUUUAGGUUGUCGAUAUUGUUGGACCGGAUCUGAUCGACUGUUCCCGAAACUGCUGGUGGGGGUCGGUAGCGAGCUCACCGGAAAGCGUAAGAGUAAGCUCCUGGCAAUUAGAUAGAAUGACAGUUUUGCUUUUGGAGUACCUUUCGGUUGCUUGAGGUGAGGAUGUCUUGAAGGUCUGAGGAAUCCG